AUGUCUAUGUCGCACUGGUCGCUGUAUGUCAAUAGAUCGUCUCAAGUCCUCCGGGACAACCUUGCAAAGAUCUUGCUUAUGCAGGGUGCAGACGCACCUUCUCGUGCCCCACGAUCACUGUUCACGUUCAACACACCGCAGGACAUUUCGCAGUUCGCCACGGGAUCGGAUUCGGAUAUUGGUGGCCUCUCGACCGUCAAUUUUGAUUUCAUAGAAGAUGAGACGGUGAACGGGCCCAUUGGACGCCCGCUUGUAGGCACAGGUCGGUUCUGGGGGACAAUGAGCCUUCGAAUCCCAUCUACACCCGCUGCGAACAAGCCACGCAUCACACGCUCAGGCUACGCAGGCUUUCGUAACAAAGCUCGCCCGUCACUCUUCGGGAACAUAACAGAAGACCUCUCCUCACACGACUACCUCGCCCUCCGCCUCCGCCCCUCAGGGAACCCAAUUACACGCACGUCGUAUUUCGUGAAUAUCCAGACGGAGGAUGAUAUAGGCAUGGGGAUAGGCGGGUUGGGAGGAGGAAUGGAAGUCUGGCAGCACAGACUGAUGUUCAAGAACCAGGAUGUGCCAGAAGAGGAGUUGCUGGGGGUAAAAGACGGUGGAUGGGAGGAGUUGUAUAUACCAUUCAACAACUUCGUCCUUACGCACGCCGGCGAAAUUGUCGACUCCCCUUCGUCUUCGGCCCCGUCAGACUCAGCUUCGCACUCCUCAGACCCGGACACAUCCCCCGACUCGUACCAGCAACCGUCGUCUCCCUCCUUCCAGUCCCUUCAAUCUAAACCAACAAUUCGUCGCGAGAAAGUCAAAUCUAUCGGAAUCAGCAUAUUAGGAGGGAACAGCGGUGUAGAGGGGCGAUAUGAACUUGGUAUUGAUGAGAUUAGGGCGGUUAACGAUGAGGAUAUCGCGGUCGAAGGAUGCUGUCACGGCGCGCUCGACGCCAUCUACCGCCAAAUCGCUACCCUUGAACAACGAAACAACUACAAAGUCGACCUCCUCAUUAUCUGUGGCGACUUCCAGGCAAUACGAAACGUUCGCGACUUGCAGUGCAUGGCCGUGCCCGAUAAGUACAAGCAACUGGGCGAGUUCCAUAAGUAUUACACGGGGGAACGCGUCGCUCCUGUUUUGACGAUCGUGAUUGGGGGGAAUCACGAAGCCUCGAAUUACUUUUGGGAAUUGUAUCAUGGAGGAUGGAUCGCGCCGAAUAUGUAUUUCAUGGGCCAUGCGGGUUGCGUCCAGGUCAACGGUAUCCGGAUAGCAGGCGCGUCGGGCAUAUUCAAAGCCCAUGAUUUCAGGAAGGGACAUUACGAAAGGUUACCGUACGACCACGGCACUAUGAGAAGUAUAUAUCAUAUCCGGGAGUAUAACGUUCGGCGACUGUCACUGCUAUCCUCACCCGACAUCUUUCUAUCUCACGACUGGCCUCAGUCCAUCGAACAACAUGGGGACGUCCGCGAUCUUCUACGCAGGAAGCGGUUCUUCACCGAGGACGUUAAUUCUGGGAGGUUGGGUUCACCUCCGCUCAUGGGGUUGCUUCGAACGCUCCAACCGAAGUGGUGGUUCUCCGCGCAUCUGCAUACGCGGUUCGAGGCUACUGUAACACACGGCGAUGGCAGUCAGGGUGCUCGAGGUGUGCCUUCUGGAGCCUCUGCUCCCGUGGGCACCGCUGAAGGGACCAAUCCUGAUGAGAUUGUGAUUGACGACGAAGAGGGAGGGGAAGAAAGCAAAACGGCGGAUGUUGUGCCUUCUAGUGGUGCCCCUCUAAACCCCGAUGAGAUAAAAUUAGACGACGAAGAGGAGGAGGUUGCGCCGCCGCCGCUGCCGCCGCCGGCACCAACGGUCACAAACUUCCUCGCUUUGGAUAAAUGCCUUCCUGGCCGACAGUUCCUGGAAGUGAUAGAUGUCCCAACAUCAAGUGACAAUGUCCUUUCUCCUUCCCCUACUCCCCCAUCCCCUGCUAAACCGACGUUAACGUACGAUCCGGAAUGGCUAGCCAUCACUCGUGCAUUCGAUCCGUAUUUCAGCCUCCGGGCCCAGCAGCAGCCGUUCCCUGAGGAAGCAGAGGCGCGGGCGAUGGUGGCGAAGGAGCUUGCAUGGGUUGAAGCGAAUUUAAACGGUGGUAUUGGCGGCGACGGGAGAUGCAAAACCGUGGAAGAGUAUCAGCAAUUCGUUAUGACGGCCCCGGGGCCAGGAGUAGAAGGUGGGCAGGCGCGGCAACAACCGCCGGCGUAUAGGAAUCCCCAAACAGACUCCUUUUGUAGGAUGCUCGGCCUGCAAUGCAAGAUCAAUGCUGGCUGA